CUCCCUCCGCCGAGUUCCGCGUUGCAGUGCAUUUAACUCCUGCAGCGUUUCCUCCUCACGCCUUUCUCUCAGACAGCAGAAGACAGCAGGGAGCACCAUGUCUGACCGGGGAACCUUCGACACCAACGUGGUCACCGUGACCCGCUUCGUGAUGGAGGAGGGCAGGAAGGCGAAAGGCACGGGGGAGUUGACCACGCUGCUCAACUCGCUGUGCACGGCGGUGAAGGCCAUCUCCAGCGCUGUGCGCAAAGCUGGAAUCGCGCACCUUUACGGCAUUGCAGGCAGCACCAACGUGACUGGUGAUCAGGUGAAGAAGUUGGACAUUCUGUCCAAUGAUCUGGUUAUUAACAUGCUCAAGUCAUCCUUCUCCUCCUGUGUGCUUGUGUCUGAAGAGAAUGACAAAGUUAUCAUUGUGGAGCCAGAAAAGAGGGGUAAAUACAUCGUUUGCUUUGAUCCUCUGGAUGGCUCCUCCAAUAUCGACUGUCUCGUCUCCAUUGGAACCAUCUUCGCCAUUUACAAGAAGACCACAGAUGAUGAGCCCUGUGAGAAGGACGCUCUUCAGCCAGGCAGAAACCUGGUGGCAGCAGGCUACGCCCUCUACGGCAGCGCCACCAUGAUCGUGCUCUCCACGGGCCAGGGGGUCAACUGCUUCAUGCUCGACCCGGCUCUAGGAGAAUUUAUCCUGGUUGAGCGUGAUGUUAGGAUCAAGAAACGAGGCAAGAUUUACAGCUUGAAUGAAGGUUAUGCAAAACACUUUGAGCCUGCAGUCACAGAGUACCUGCAGAAGAAGAAGUUCCCUCAGGACGGCAGUGAGCCCUAUGGAGCGCGUUACAUUGGCUCGAUGGUGGCAGACGUGCACCGAACGCUCAUGUAUGGAGGGAUCUUUUUAUACCCAGGAAAUGUAAAGAGUCCCAAAGGAAAGCUGCGGCUGCUGUACGAAUGCAACCCUAUGGCCUACAUCAUGGAGCAGGCGGGCGGCAUGGCCUCCACGGGCUUCGAAAACAUCCUGGACAUCCAGCCAGAGAGCAUCCACCAGCGUGCCCCCGUGGCCAUGGGCUCCCCCGAAGAUGUACUGGAGUACGUCGCCAUCUGCCAGAAACACGCCAAGAAGUAGAAGUACGCCAACCAGCUUUUUAGGGGACUUAGAAAGGAAAUAACACGAACUGGAUGGAAAGAUUCUGAAGACCAAACAUAAUGUGAAGAGAUUUUCUCUUAUGCAAAGGGCUGAAUUUGGAGGUACAAUGUUUUUAUGUCUCAUUUUAAAGAAAACUAAUAUAUUUGAGUUGACGUGUGAAAAAUUUGGUUUAUUAGCUCACAUUCCAGAAAAAUGACCAAAGACCACAAAUGUGCCAAAAA